AUGUCGAAACGAGGACGUGGAGGUACGUCUGGUAACAAGUUCAGGAUGUCACUGGGUCUUCCCGUGGCAGCUACAGUGAACUGUGCUGACAACACCGGUGCUAAGAAUCUCUACAUCAUUUCGGUGAAAGGAAUCAAAGGUCGUCUUAACAGAUUACCUUCUGCUUGCGUCGGAGACAUGGUGAUGGCUACAGUGAAGAAGGGAAAGCCUGAUCUCAGAAAGAAGGUUAUGCCAGCUGUCAUCGUUAGGCAGAGGAAGCCUUGGCGCCGAAAGGAUGGUGUUUUCAUGUACUUCGAAGAUGCUCUUAUGCUUUAA